GUCUCGAUAACGUCAAAAUAGCCAUAACAACCCCCAAAAUGAUAUUAAGAAAUAUUGCGAUACGGCAUGGCCGAAAAGCACUCGCUGCACCCCUCCGCCUCUCCCAAUCCCGCACUCUCUCAACAGAGACCUCGACCCUCGAAGCCUCAAUAGACAACCACAACAAACAAACCAAUUCCCUCGAAGCCACGCUCAAUUCUCUCCACCUCACCCGCAACUUCACGCCCCCUUCCAAAAAGAAAACCCCCGGCCCUAAAGUCCCAAAUGUCGCCGAAGAUUUCCACAGAUUCAACCAUAUCAAGAAACGCACUGCAAAAUUAGGUUCUGUCGUCCCGCAACACUACGAACCCCAUCAACUCAUCGUCAAUCCGCCUGCGCCCAAAGAUGUAACGCUCGAGCUCCUCAUGGCCAGUCAGUCGCAUCUGGGCCAUGCAACUCAGUUGUGGAAUCCGGCGAAUCAGAGAUACAUCUAUGGAAUUCGUCAGGGCGUUCACAUUAUCAGUCUGGAAGAAACCGCCGCGCAUCUGCGUCGCUGUGCGAAAGUCGUCGAGGGCGUGGCUUAUCACGGUGGUCUUAUCCUCUUCGUGGGCACCCGCGCAGGCCAGCAUUCGGCAGUUGUAAAGGCCGCGGAGCUAGCGAAGGGAUGCCAUCUUUUCAAUCGAUGGGUUGCGGGCAGUAUUACUAACGGCGAUCAAAUCCUGGCUAAGUGUGCGAUCAAGGCGGUCGAUGCACAUGAUGAGAGUGUGGCGGGCUAUGAAGAUAAACUCAUGAAGUGGAAAGCGCUCAAGCCGGAUUUGGUCGUGUGUUUGAACCCGUUGGAGAAUUACAUUCUGUUGCACGAGUGUGGUUUGCAUAAUAUCCCGACGAUUGGGGUGAUUGACACGGAUGCCGAUCCUACUUGGGUUACUUAUCCCAUCCCGGCAAACGAUGAUAGUCUUCGCUGUAUUCAGCUCAUAGCUGGUGUUCUCGGUCGUGCAGGCGAAGAAGGUCAGAGAAAACGUCUUGAGGCUGCGAAGGAAGGUACGGUGACUUGGUUACCACCACCGGGUUUGGGCAAUCCGGUAACGGCGGAGAGUAGAGCGAGAGAGGCGGCGGAAAAAGCGGCGGCGAAGAGGAGAGGUAGUGCGGCCGCUUAGGGGAUUGUAGGAUUAUGAAGAAUUAAAAUAAAUGGAUUAUAUGGAUUAUAUGGAUAAGAUGAAUGGGAUGCAUCUUGUGUUUUAUCCUUGUUUAUUGUAUAUUCAGGUUUGUGUGUGUGUGUGUUUACGAUUGAUUGAUUUAUGUUUAUAGAUGGGGAUGGAGAUGAUGCUUUUUUGAUAUGAUAUUUGUGGUGCUUAUGAUGUUUGGGGAAGGGGGAGGGGGGAAGGAGGAAAGGAGUAAGUGUGAGUGUGAGUGUGAGAUUUGGAGGAAUGGUGUGGUGAGAAGGUGACACUUGGGAAGAUGACGAAAGAAAGAAUCAUAGACAACAAUGGGAAUUAAUAGUGGUGGGUGAGUGUGAAUGAAUAGAUUUUUAUUAUUGUAUUUCUUAUUAUUGUAUUUCUCAUCUCUCAUCUCUCAUCUCUUAUCUUUCAUCUCUCAUCAUCACAUCAUUUUCAUUUUCAUUUUCAUUUCCAUCAUCAUCUCUCAUUUCUUAUCCUCAUCCAACCUCAUCGUAGUUUUCUCCUGACUAUAUCAAUUCCUCCCCUUCGUCUCCCCUCACCUCACUCCUUUCCGCGAUUGCAAAUGAUGCUUUGAUA